GUCAAAAACCUAAACCCAAACCAAACAUCAAAACAUUGCAAAUAAUGCGGUUUGAAACUACUUUAUGAAUUAGAAUUUAUUUAGUUUAUUUAGAAGUUAUUUCUUUAAUUUUUAAACUCUAAUCAUCUUAUCGAUAAAUAACUGUAUAUAAAAUGAAGCUCACCGUAGAUGGAUUAUUAGUGUAUUUCCCUUACGAUUACAUAUACCCAGAACAGUAUGCAUACAUGCUUGAAUUGAAACGAGCUCUUGAUGCAAAGGGCCAUGGACUACUUGAGAUGCCGUCAGGGACAGGCAAAACUAUAUCUUUAUUAUCAUUGAUUGUUGCAUACAUGAUACAAAAUCCGCACCAUGUCAGAAAGUUGAUAUAUUGCUCCCGUACUGUGCCAGAAAUAGAGAAAGUAUUGGAAGAGCUAAAGAAUCUUAUAAAAUAUUAUGAAAAAAGUCAAGGAGAGAAACCCAACCUUACCGGAGUAGUUCUCAGUUCCAGGAAGAACUUAUGUAUACAUCCAGAUGUGUCAAGAGAAAGAGAGGGCAAGUUAGUUGAUGGUAAAUGUCACUCCCUCACUGCAAGCUACAUUCGGGAAAGACAUGAAGGUGACAACUCUGUACCUAUAUGUCAGUUCUACGAGGGCUUCAAUAGAGAAGGCAAGGAAUCAAUGUUGCCUUAUGGGGUAUACACAAUAGAUGAUUUGAAGCAGUACGGAGCUGAUAGAAACUGGUGUCCAUACUUCUUGUCUAGGUUUGCUAUAAUCCAUGCAGAGAUAGUUGUCUAUUCCUACCACUAUCUGUUAGAUCCAAAAAUAGCGGAAGUUGUAUCAAAAGAAUUACAUAAAGAAGCCGUUGUUGUUUUUGAUGAAGCUCACAACAUUGAUAAUGUAUGCGUAGACUCGCUCAGUGUUAGGAUAACGAGACGCACUAUAGAUAAGAGCACGGCUGCACUACAGCAGCUCGAGAAGACUGUUGCACAAAUGAGAGAGCAGGACGCGGCGCGUCUGACGGCGGAGUACGAGCAGCUGGUGGAGGGGCUGCGGGAGGCGGCGGUGGCGCGCGACACCGACACCAUACUCGGCAACCCGAUACUGCCUGAUGAAGUGCUCAACGAGGUGGUGCCAGGCAAUAUCAGGAACGCGGAGCACUUCCUUGGUUUCCUGAAGCGCUUCAUAGAAUAUAUCAAGACACGGCUCCGCAUACAGCAUGUGGUGCAGGAGUCACCUGCAGGUUUCCUGAAAGAUCUAGCAUCACGGGUAUGCAUAGAUCGUAAGCCGUUACGUUUCUGUGCAUCUCGUCUGUCGUCCUUGCUGCGCGCGCUGCAGAUACCCGACCCCUCGGGGUUUGCUGCACUCACCCUGGUGACACACCUCGCCACACUUGUAGCCACAUACACCAAGGGCUUCGUCAUCAUCAUCGAACCCUUUGAUGAUAAGACUCCGACUGUCUCCAACCCUAUAAUGUAUUUCUCUUGUAUGGACUCGUCAAUAGCAAUGCGGCCCGUGUUCGCGAGAUUCCAAUCUGUUAUUAUUACAUCGGGUACAUUAUCACCUCUGGACAUGUACCCCAAGAUCCUGGACUUCAAUCCUGUCAUCAUGAGCUCUUUUACUAUGACAUUAGCUCGACCUUGUCUCCUGCCCAUGAUAGUAUCAAAGGGCAGUGACCAGGUGGCCAUUUCUUCUAAGUACGAGUCGCGAGAGGAUGUCGCCGUCAUCAGGAACUAUGGCCAGCUCCUCGUUGAGAUAUCGGCGUGUGUGCCUGACGGCGUGGUGUGUUUCUUCACCUCCUACUUGUACCUGGAGAGUGUCGUCGGUGCCUGGUAUGAUCAAGGCGUAGUGGCAAGUCUGCAGCGACACAAGCUGCUGUUCAUAGAGACACAGGACUCCGCGGAGACCAGCUUUGCGCUCAUCAACUAUAUCAAGGCGUGUGAGAGUGGACGUGGCGCGGUGCUGCUGUCAGUGGCGCGAGGCAAGGUGUCCGAAGGUGUGGACUUCGACCAUCACCUCGGUCGCGCUGUCCUCAUGUUCGGUAUACCAUACGUCUUCACGCAGAGCCGCAUCCUCAAAGCACGUCUCGAUUACCUUCGAGAUCAGUUCCAGAUUCGCGAGAAUGACUUUUUAACAUUUGACGCGAUGCGUCACGCGGCGCAGUGUGUCGGCCGAGCUCUCAGAGGCAAAACUGACUACGGUAUAAUGAUAUUUGCUGACAAGCGCUUCAGCCGCGCGGACAAGCGCAGCAAACUGCCGCGCUGGAUACAGGAACAUCUGCGCGACUCACUCUGCAACCUCAGCACUGAGGAGGCUGUGCAGAUCUGCAAGCGAUGGCUUCGCCAGAUGGCGCAACCGUUCACUCGCGAGGACCAGCUCGGCGUCUCCCUGCUGACGCUGCAGCAGCUGCAGUCACAGGAGCAGCAGGACAAGAUAGAGAAGCAGGUCAUACAGAAGUAAGCAGAAGAAUAAGCAGAGUACAAAAAUCACGGAAGUGUUGAACACUGUAUUAUUUUUACAUUAAAAU